AUGCAACCCCCGGCGUUUUUGGGGCACUGCGGUGGUGGUUACAGAGCGGAUGCUCCUCCAGGCUUUGCGUCGUCGUUCGCGGCUGCCAAAUCCUUUGCUACGAACAGCUUCAAUUUCAGAGAUCUAUCGAUGAAGAAGCCAAAGUCGGACUACUUCAGCCUCAAAUCGGUCCGGGGUUCUUCGCCCACGGCCAGCCUGGCUGCCGACCUUUCACAAAACUUCCACAUCGACCAGAGUCCGCAAGUCCCAACUCCGCGGAGGUCACUCUUUCCCAAUAGCUUGUUCGCACAGGACGGCCAAAGAAACCUGACAACGCCUCCUAUACCAUCUUCCUCUCCCGCACCCAAUGACAUAAUGGACAUGGACAUGGACAUCUCACCCCUACCGCACAAAAUGCCCUUUUGUACCGCGUCAAUACAGCUUCAGUCACCAACGCCAGACCUGACCCCCUCGGAUACUUCAUUAUUGUCGAUCCCCUCGCCGCCUUGCGGUUCGCCCACCGAGCCAUUUCAGAUCAAUCUCCCUCAAGACAGGCGGAAACAAGGGUUUUUGCGACCUACAUUAACCAGAGCUAAGGGCUUCAGUACAGGCAACCUAGCCCAGAGGCCUACACCCGAAAGUCAACUACCACCAUUCAAAUUCGGCAAUGGCAACUACUCAAGCAAACCUGCAACGUCGUCCUCGCUAUCUCUGUCCGAGAUAUUUGCAGACUCGCCCGGCCAGGAGAAAGCGGCCUCACGAUUAGGUGCUCCAGUAUUCGCCCCUCCAAGGUCUCGCCCGAGUCUGACUAGUUCUGGUCAUGCGUCUCGUAAUGGAUCUCCUGUCGGGACUCACAUGAGAAAGACUUCCAACCCUCUGGUCAGACCUCGAAAGCAGUUCCGACGAUCUCUGAGCAUGUUUGAACACCCAGAAGACAUAAUGAAGCAAGAAAAAGAACGGCUCAGCCCUCCACCAUUAUUACCUUCGAUCAUGGACGUCGAAGCACCCCAUGUUCCUCAAUUACCCCACUUCAUCCCGGAAGAUGAGACAGGUUGUCUGCCUAGGAUAUCAAAGGAGACUAUGGUUUCAAUCCUAGAUGGACAUUUCGAUCAUCUCUAUGAGAAACGGGUGAUCAUCGACUGCCGAUUCGAGUACGAGUAUGACGGUGGUCAUAUUGAAGGUGCUGUAAAUUUCAACGACAAGGAAAAGCUGUCUGCUCAACUUUUCGACGUGGAGCCCACUCCGAGAGCUCUCCUUAUCUUUCACUGUGAAUAUUCUGCUCAUCGAGCCCCUCUUAUGGCGAAAUUCAUCCGCAACAAAGACCGGGCAGUUAAUGCUGAUCGCUACCCGGCGCUCACUUACCCUGAAGCCUACAUCUUAGAUGGAGGCUAUAGCACUUUUUUCAAGGACUAUCGAUCCCGAUGCUAUCCUCAAAACUAUGUUGAGAUGGACGCAAAAGAACAUAUCCUUGACUGUGAACGCGGUCUCGGAAAAGUGAAACAACGAUCCAAACUUCUCCGAGCCCAGACGUUUGCCUUUGGCCAACAUUCGCCCUCUCUCGACUCCAGUCCCACUGCCAUGGGACGGAGGACCCUGGACUGCGACAUGGACCUGGACAUGACUUUACAGUAUACUCCUGUUGCUGGACCAAGACCUGGGGUCGAUGCCCUGCGCGCCCGCAACCAUCGAAUGCUGUCAUAUUAG